UGAGCUAGGCUCGCUGCCGACGCGGCUGGGAGCACCGCGGUCCCGCAGCGGUUCCAGCUGAAGUGGCACCCGUGUUUCGCCACCCCUUGUCCCUGGUCUCUAUCCUUGAAGACCGUCCUCGACUUUAUCUUUAUCCUUACCCAUUUAUCCUCCUACACCCUGAAUCACAGCUCCCGGCAUCUGAAUACCCACCACUCCUGGCACCAGCCCCCCCGCCACGGUUUUCCUUUCCCGCCGCAAACCCCGCGACCUCCAGCAGCCCGCCCCCGCGGGCCCGAUCCCGUUUGGCGGCUGUAGCUGCAGCCUCCUCAGCCUUCCCGCUCUCCCAGGGAUCGCGCUACCACCACACCGGUGUCUGCCCUCGGACUUCCCGCUCCCUCCUCUCUCUCUCCCUCCGAGCCCCCUCCCCCGCCCCGGCCAGCCGGCAUGCAGGUGUCUAUCGCGUGUACCGAGCAGAACCUUCGCAGCCGGAGCAGUGAGGACCGUCUGUGUGGACCCCGGCCGGGUCCAGGGGGCGGUAAUGGGGGGCCAGUGGGCGGAGGGCAUGGGAAUCCUCCGGGGGGUGGACCCAAGUCACGAGCUGCACUGGUACCCCGACCCCCAGCACCCGCUGGGGCCCUUCGAGAGAGCACCGGCCGAGGCACUGGCAUGAAAUACAGGAACCUUGGAAAGUCUGGUCUCCGGGUGUCCUGUCUUGGCCUUGGUACCUGGGUCACAUUUGGCUCUCAGAUCUCAGAUGAGAUAGCAGAAGAUGUGCUGACAGUAGCCUAUGAGCAUGGUGUAAACCUGUUUGACACUGCUGAAGUAUACGCGGCAGGAAAGGCUGAAAGAACCCUAGGCAACAUCCUCAAGAGCAAAGGUUGGAGGAGAUCCAGCUAUGUCAUCACCACUAAGAUUUUUUGGGGAGGACAGGCAGAAACUGAGCGAGGCUUGAGUCGCAAACACAUCAUUGAAGGCCUACAGGGAUCCCUGGACCGCCUUCAACUGGAAUACGUUGACAUAGUCUUCGCCAAUCGUUCAGACCCUAACAGUCCUAUGGAGGAAAUUGUGAGAGCCAUGACCUACGUCAUCAACCAGGGCCUGGCCCUGUACUGGGGGACAUCCAGAUGGAGUGCUGCAGAGAUCAUGGAGGCGUACUCCAUGGCCAGACAGUUCAAUCUGAUCCCUCCUGUGUGUGAGCAAGCGGAGAACCACUUCUUUCAGAGAGAGAAGGUGGAGAUGCAGCUGCCUGAGCUCUACCACAAGAUUGGUGUUGGGUCCGUUACUUGGUCUCCCCUGGCGUGUGGCCUCAUUACUAGCAAGUACGAUGGGCCAGUUCCAGAUACAUGCAAGGCCACUGUCAAGGGGUACCAGUGGCUCAAGGAAAAAGUGCAGAGUGAGGAUGACAAGAAGCAACAAGCCAGAGUCAUGGACCUUCUCCCCAUUGCUCACCAGCUAGACUGCACUGUCGCCCAACUUGCUAUAGCCUGGUGUCUCCGAAGUGAGGGUGUCAGCUCAGUCUUGCUGGGGGUGUCCAGUGUGGAGCAGCUGAUGGAACAUCUGGGGUCCCUAGAGGUGCUGAGUCAGCUGACGCCACAAACAGUGAUGGAAAUAGAUGCGCUCUUGGGGAACAAAUCGAAUUCCAAGAAAUAGUCCUUUGGGGGCGCGGGGACCCAACGAGGAGUGAUUGCACCUGCCGGGAAAACCACUUUCCAGCAACCAGCCCUCUAGCUCCGGAUCGCUCCCUCACCCCCACCCCGGCUCCUACGCAGAGGCAGACUCAGGGUAGCCCCGCCCACCAACGAGUCCCGGCUUGGAGUAGCGAUUCGCAUGAACAAAGCCAUAUCCUUUCGCAUUGGGGAUUGAGAGAGAAAGUAGAUCUCCCACCCAACCCCUACGCCCCUGCUCUGUGUCCUGCGGCUAGGCCUUCUCGCUAAUCCCGGGCAUGAGCCGACUUCUCAGCCAUUUGUUCUUGCUCGUUUCUUUUCCCUUUUGCCGAAACCCAGAAAACAUCCAGCAGAUAAUCACUGAGAGUACCUCAAAAUUGAGCCUUGAAAUGUCAAGGUUGGCAAGAACAGAGUGAGUUAUCAUGUUUUCUGGAACACAGGGUACGGGGCUUUGUAGUAUUUGUUCAAUAGAAGCCGGGCUGGUCCUGGCAGAAAGUAAAUGAUAAUCUUUGGGAAACCAGAACCCUACCUCCUGCCUGGAGGUGGAGGACUUAAAUCUAGAUCUAGGGUCACACUUUGUGCUUACAGAGAGGGGGUAAAGGAGGGGACG